UAAGGAGUCGGAGCGCGGAAGAAAAUUCGCAAAAUUUUACAAAAUCAAAGUUAAUUCGAGGAAUUUCGACGAUCACGAUUGAAUCAGAAAAUGUCGUGGCAGGCGUACGUCGAUGAUCACUUGAUGUGCGACAUCGACGGCCACCAUCUGACCGCCGCGGCCAUCCUCGGCCACGACGGUAGUGUGUGGGCCCAGAGCUCCACCUUCCCUAAGUUUAAGCCGGAAGAGAUUACGGCGAUAAUGAAAGAUUUUGAUGAGCCAGGGUCUCUUGCCCCAACUGGAUUACACCUUGGUGGGACAAAGUACAUGGUUAUUCAGGGCGAGGGCGGAGCUGUGAUUCGUGGCAAGAAGGGCUCUGGUGGCGUAACUGUGAAGAAAACCGGCCAAGAUCUGGUUUUCGGUAUAUAUGAGGAGCCUUUGACUCCAGGACAAUGUAAUAUGAUUGUGGAGAGGUUGGGAGACUACCUGAUUGAUCAAGGCCUAUAACUCAUAUCACCGUCAUGAUUUUCAUACACUGAAGUUGUCUCUUUCGGCUUGCAUAUACUUGCUGGUUAUAUGGUUUGAAUUGGCACUGUUGGUGGUGUUACUGAAAAUAACCGUGCGCAGACGGAUGCGUUGCCUUUUGGUGUUCAAGGAUUUGUUCAUUUCUCCGA